UUGCAAUUAAAUGAACCUUAAUUAUAUUGCAUGAGAAAAUUGGGGAGAAGAAUAAAAGGGAAGUGAGUACCAGGUUACCAGAUUUUUUUUGGAAAUGACUUGAACGCAUAGACUUAUACCCUGAAGCGACUUUAGUAUAAAACAAACAAUCCUUUUGUCACUAGAUCUUUACUAUCUAACGACAUAAAUUGUUAGUUUCUGUUACCCCCCUUCUCCACAAAAAAAAGUACAUUCACUCACUUUAACGUACUUCACCUCCGUUUUUAUCGGUUUCCACUCUUUUAGAUUCCAUAUGUCAAAUUACCGUUCUUCACUGAUUCAUACCAAUAAUUCAGAUAUCUCAGAUACAACUAAUACAUUUGUCGAUAAUCUGUAUAACAAAGAAGAAAAAAUGAAUUCUAAUAAUUCUCAUGACCAAAUGGCAUCACAAACUAAUCUUGAAAACGAUGGUCCAUAUACCCAAACAUAUUCAUCAAGGAGUCAAUCUCAAGAUUUUGAAAAUACUGGAGGAUUAAAGAAUCAAAAGAGACUCUUUUCAUUUCUUUUCUCAAAAUCCGUUCCAACUGUACCCAGCGAAGAUGAACGUAAACCAUAUCCUUGGCUCACUUCCAAUGUCAUAUCCCAAACCAUGUUCUUAUGGUUAUACCCUAUACUUUAUAAGGGUUAUAAAAGAACUUUACUCCCUGCUGAUUUGUACUUCUUACAAGAUGAAUUGAAAGUCGAGUACAUGCAUGCUAAAUUUGAAAAAUUUUUAAACAAAAGACUUGAUAAGGCAAGAUUUGAACAUUUAAAGACUAAUCCAAAUACUGAUAAUUUCAAAUGGCCAAGAUAUGCGAUUAUCAUUGCCAUUUUCGAAACAUUUAAAGUUCAAUACCUUCUUUCAUGUUUUUAUCUUGCAUUAUCAUUCUGUUGUCAAUCAUUAUCUCCAUUAUUAUCGAGAGCUUUAGUUGACUUUGUUGAAUACCGUUACUUUGGUAUUUACACCACCUACAACAGAGGUAUUGGUUUAACUAUUGGAUCUGUUGCUUUAAUUCUGUUGAAUGGUUUCUUUGUCAACCAUUUCUUCCACAGCGCAAUGAUCACUGGUGCUCAAACUAAAGCUGUUUUAACCAAGGCAAUUCUCUUGAAAUCAUUCAAGAUGAAUGCUAAGGCAAAGUAUGAAUUCCCUAUGGGUAAAAUAACAUCAUUGAUGGGAACUGACUUGGCUAGAAUUGACUUGGCUAUUGGUUACCAACCAUUGAUUGUUUGUUUCCCAAUUCCAGUCAUUAUUUCCAUUGUAUUACUUUUAGUCAACAUUGGUGUCACUUCUUUGGCAGGUAUUGGGUUGUUUCUCGUCUCAUUGGUUAUUUGUGUGGCUAUCACUCAAGUCUUGUUCACAACUCGUCAAAAGGUUUCUAAAUUCACCGACAUGAGAGUUGGGUUAAUGAGAGAAGUGCUUACACAUAUUAAAGUUAUUAAGUAUUAUGCCUGGGAAUUUGCAUACAAGAGAAUGCUUACUGAAAACCGUACUCGUGAAAUGAAACACUUGUUCACCAUCAAAAUCUUGAGAAAUUUCAUCACUGCUUAUGCAGUUACUUUACCAACAUUAACUUCUAUGCUUUCAUUUGUUGUUCUUUGGGCUACUGGUAAAACCAGAAAUGCAGGAAGAGUCUUUGCAUCCUUGUCUUUAUUCACCAUCUUGGCACAGGGUAUCAUGUUAGUUCCAUUUGCUUUAUCUACUGGUGCUGAUGCCUUGAUUGGAUUUGACCGUUGUACUGAAUUUUUACUGGCUAGUGAAGAUGAAGAUGAACUGGAACGCAUUAAUAAAAAUGAAAAGGACAAACUCGCUCGUGAAACUAACUCCGAGUUCAACUUUAGUUUGAAAGAAAAUGAUGAAGAAAACCCAAUUGCAAUUGAAGUUAUGCAUGCUGAUUUUGCCUGGGAGGCAUUCCAUGACGGUCUCAGAUCUACUUCAUCUUGGGAAAUUGAUGAAAAGCCAAAAUCAAAGAAGAAAGCAGGUAAGAAGUUCAAUGAAAAGGAUGUUAAACUUCCACUGAAGCCUCAACCAAUCUACAACGAGUAUAGAAACUCAUCUAGAUCUUCAAAUGAUACCAUGUUUGAACCAACUCAAUCAAUUGUCUCUGAUAAUUACGAGUCCAAUGUAACCAAUUUCCCUGGUUUGCGUGAUAUUAAUUUAACAAUCAAGAAGAAUGAAUUUGUAAUUUUAACUGGUGUUAUUGGUUCAGGAAAAUCUUCAUUGUUACUGGCCUUGGCAGGAGUCAUGAAAAUGUCUAAUCCUGGGAUCGGACAGGUUCACAUUAAUCACAAACUUUUACAAUGUGCUGCCCCUUGGAUUCAAAAUGCUUCUGUAAGAGAAAACAUUCUCUUUGGUAAGCCAUUUGAUGCUAUCAAAUAUUCAAAGAUUAUUCACGCUUGUUGUUUAACUGAUGAUAUCAAUGAAUUGCCUGGAAAAGACUUUACUGAAAUUGGUGAAAGAGGUAUCACAUUAUCUGGUGGACAAAAGGCACGUAUUAACUUGGCCAGAGCAGUCUAUUCCGACUCUCCAAUUCUUUUGUUUGACGAUGUAUUGUCAGCUGUAGAUGCUAGAGUUGGUAAACACAUUAUGGACAACUUGUUUGCAGGAUACUUGUGUGAUCGUACCAGAAUUUUGGCUACUCAUCAAUUAUCUUUGGUUGAAAAGGCUGACAAGAUUGCAUUUUUGAAUGGUGAUGGUUCAAUUGAUGUUGGAACAUUUGAGGAGUUGCAAGCUAGAAAUUACCGUUUUAGAAAUUUGAUGAUUUUCAGUUCUGAUGCCAAGAGUAUUGAUGAUCAAGACGACUCCCACUCCCAGGGAGAACCAAUCAAAAAUACCAACCGUGCAACUAUUAAUGACCGGAAACAAGAUACUUUGAAUGGUAGAUUAACUGGAGAUGAAGAUAAAGCCACUAAUGCCAUAUCUUGGAAUAUUUACAAAAAGUACAUUUCCUUAGGUAAUGGUAUGUUUGGUUUUGCUGGUGCUCCUUUGUUUCUUCUUGUAAUGGCAAUUUCCACCUUUUGUCAAGUUUUCACCAACACCUGGUUAUCAUUUUGGCAAGAGAAGAAGUUCCCUGGUAGAUCAGAUAACUUUUACGUUGCCAUCUACAUUAUGUUUGCUUUCUUAACUGUCAUCUUCACAGCAAUGGAAUUUUCACUCUUGGGUUACAUGAACAAUAAUUCUGCUAGAUUGUUGAAUGUUGGUGCUGUUGAAAAGAUUUUACAUACCCCAAUGAGUUUCAUGGAUACUAAUCCAAUGGGUAGAAUUUUGAAUAGAUUCACUAAAGAUACUGACUCUUUGGAUAAUGAACUUGGUGAACAAUUACGUUUAUUCUUGUUCCCAAUGGCCAUGAUCAUUGGUAUCAUUGUUUUGUGUAUUUGUUAUUUACCUUGGUUUGCUGUUGCAGUUCCAUUUUUAGGAUUUGCUUUCUUGUUGAUUGCUGAUUUUUACCAAGGUUCUUCACGAGAAAUUAAGAGACUCGAAGCUACUCAAAGAUCUCUUGUCUAUAACAACUUUAAUGAAACUUUAACUGGUUUGAGUACAAUUAAGGCUUACAAUGCUGAGGAUACCUUUAUCAAGAAGAAUGACAAAUUCAUCAACCAAAUGAACGAAGCUUAUUAUUUGUCGAUUGCAAACCAAAGAUGGUUAGGUAUUCAUUUAGAUAUCAUUGCUGCUGCCUUUGCCUUGAUCAUUUGCUUGUUGUGUAUCACUGAACAAUUUGACAUUAGUCCCGAAUCAACAGGUUUGCUUUUGAACUAUGUCAUUCAAAUUGUUGGUUUGUUAUCUUUGACUAUUAGAUCCAUGACCCAAGUUGAAAAUGAAAUGAAUUCUGUUGAAAGAUUAUAUCAAUAUGCUUAUAACCUUCCACAAGAAGCUGCUUACAAGAAAUCUGAAUUUACUCCACCACCUGAAUGGCCACCAUCUGGAUACAUUCAAUUUAAGGAUGUAUCUUUGCGUUAUAGAGAAAACUUGCCACUUGCAAUUAAAAACUUGAACUUUGAUGUUUACCCAGGAGAAAAAAUCGGUAUCUGUGGUAGAACUGGUGCUGGUAAGUCUUCGAUUAUGACUGCAUUGUACAGAUUGGUUGAAUUAGACGGUGGAUCUAUUUCUAUUGAUGGUUUGAAUAUUAGUGAACUUGGUUUAUUUGAUUUGAGAUCAAGAUUGUCUAUUAUUCCACAAGAUCCAGUAUUAUUUCAAGGAUCUGUUAGAAAGAACUUGGAUCCAUUCCAAGAAUUUUCUGACGAAUUCUUGUGGGACACUCUUAGAAGAUCUGGUUUAAUUGAAGAACAUGAACUUGCUAGAGUUAAAUCUAGUAAAGUUGAUCAUGAAAAUAAUCUUGGAUAUGAUUCACUUCAUAAAUUCCAUUUGGAUCAAAUCGUUGAGGAUGAAGGUGUUAACUUUUCAUUUGGUGAAAGACAAUUGAUUGCCUUGGCAAGAUCAAUGGUUCGUAAACCAAAGAUUUUGGUUCUUGAUGAAGCCACUUCAUCUGUUGAUUAUGAAACCGAUGCAAAGAUUCAACAAACAAUUGCAAAUGAAUUCUCACAAUGUACCAUCUUGUGUAUUGCUCAUAGAUUAAAGACGAUUUUACACUACGAUAGAAUCAUGGUUAUGGAUCAAGGACGUGUUAUCCAAAGAGAUACUCCACGUAACUUAUACAACAAGGCUGGUAUUUUCAGAACUAUGUGUGAGAAGGCUGACAUUGAUGACUAUGAUUUUGAAUAAACAUAGUAUCCAAUGGAUUGGAUCUUUUAACGAAUAGAAUAAAAAAUUGGUUAGGAGGCAAAAUGAGAAGAAAAAAAACUAAAAUGAAUUACAAGGUUCUUAAAAUUCUUAUAAUUCUUGUUGUACAUUAGAUUAAACAUUAUAUCAAUUUAUAAGUUUAU